AUGGCAAAACUUCAAGCUGCCACCGUCUCGAAUCAACUUGUCCGCAAGCAAAAGCGAAAGGCGCCUUCUGAUGUUGCAGAAGCUGAACCCCUUGAUGCUCUGCCUUCAAUUCCUACAUCAACAGUCGCAACCAAAACACAUGAUGGAGGCAAGAAACCUAGGCGAGCGUCCAAGGAUACAAAUGCUGGCAAGGGAAAGCUUCCUCUAUUGCGCCUGGAUUCUUCGACAGUGGUCGAGACCUCUAUCCUCUGGCCUGACGAGCUGACCAAGCUCGCUCAGGCGCACCGCGCCCUGAACCUUGUCUACACUUUCUGUUGCACCCGCAAGCACUUGGCCACCACAUUUGAGACCAUCAAAACGGCAGUAGAAGGUCACAUAAAGCGAGAAUUAUUGAUCACGGAUGUUGCCCGGAUCAAGGCCCUUGUGCCUCGAGCUAUCAACUUUGCCUACGUGGAUGAAUCCAGCUUGCAAGUCGCAGUGCUUGGAGAGGAGGAUGGAAUCAAGGGUGGUAGGGCAAAGGAACUUCGGCAACUCGAGCUUUCCAAAGAGGGAGCGUCUGAACGGGAUGCAUAUGAUAAACAGAAGGAGCUCCUGUUGUUCGAGUUCAUUGAUGGAGAUUUGAAGCGACAAGUGACAAACUCGAAGACAGGGGAGCCCACUAAGCCUUUCCGGAAACUUCGAGAGGAAGACUUGAAAAUGCCGGUGUAUAGCCAGAAACAGAUGAUGAAGUUGAUAGAGAAAAGGAACACCAAGUUCACGUCCGCUAUCAAUGCUUUUCUCAAUCAAUGUGCUGCCGAUGAUGUUAACCCUAUAGCGACAUUGAAAGAAAGAGAGAAGGAGUACAUUCCUAGACCAUCUGAUAACAUGGGAGACUCUCCAGCACCGGCACUAGCGAAGCCUCCACUAAGGAUUCCCACGGAGCGUGACACCGUUGCGAAGAUCAUUGCAGAUAUAAAAGCAAUGGAAUGGUAUACGGGGCAGAUUGUGCCGGAAGGCCAUCGCGUCUUUGACCCUCAGCAGCCCAUUUUCGGUGACCUGAACUUCCAAUUGUCGCAGAAUUUGGUCAAUGCAUUGUACAACACUCGGGGCAUCACCCAGCUCUAUUCUCAUCAAGCGGAGGCGAUAAACAACCUGUAUGAAGGUUUCAAUGUCAUAGUAUCCACGUCAACAAGCUCUGGGAAAUCUCUAAUCUAUCAGAUUCCCAUGUUACACGAGCUAGAACAGGAUCCUAACGCUCGAGGCAUGUACAUAUUCCCUACCAAAGCACUUGCCCAAGACCAGAGGAGGAGCAUGAAGGAACUACUUCGUUUCAUGCCGGGGCUGGAGAACUUAGUUGUUGAUACUUUCGAUGGGGAUACCCCUAUGGCUGAUCGACACCUCAUUCGCGAUGAAGGCCGAAUUAUCUUUACGAACCCAGAUAUGCUGCACAUCACCGUCCUUCCCCAGGAAGAUAAGUGGCGAACUUUCUUACAAAACCUCCGAUUUGUAGUGGUCGACGAGCUUCACGUCUACAACGGACUUUUCGGCUCGCACGUAGCUUUCAUUAUGCGAAGGUUGCGAAGAAUUUGUGCGGCCGUGGGAAACCGUCACGUGAAAUUCGUGUCGUGCUCUGCUACUGUUGCAAAUCCAGAAGAGCACAUGAGAACAAUAUUUGGCGUGGGGAACAUCAAACUCACAGAUUUCGACGGGUCACCGUCUGGUAGGAAGGAGUUCCUGUGUUGGAACACUCCGUUCAAGGAUCCCAAAGAUCCCUCUUCGGGUAGAGGAGAUGCUAUGGCUGAAACGGCAAGGCUUUUUUGCCAGCUCAUCUUACGUGGGAUCAGAGUGAUUGCCUUCUGCCGAGUUAGAAAACAGUGUGAGGUUCUCAUCACUGCAGUACGAAACGAAGCCACAAAUCUGGAAAGGCCCGACGUCGCCGCUCGAAUCAUGGGGUAUCGCGGAGGUUAUGCACCGCAAGACAGACGGAAGAUCGAGAAAGAAAUGUUUGACGGGAAAUUAAUGGGCAUUGUGGCGACCAAUGCUUUGGAACUCGGGGUUGAUAUUGGAUCACUGGAUGCCGUGAUCACGGUUGGUUUCCCAUACACUAUCGCCAAUCUACGACAACAGAGUGGUCGAGCUGGACGAAGGAAUAAGGAUUCCCUGUCCGUUCUGGUUGGCGACUGCUUUCCCACCGACCAAUAUUAUAUGGAAAAUCCUGAUGAGAUUUUUACGAAACCUAAUUGCGAGUUGCAGGUAGACCUGCAAAACAUGCUUGUGCUGGAAGGUCAUAUACAAUGCGCAGCUUUCGAAAUGCCAAUCCGCCGGGACGAAGACAAACUGUACUUUGGCAAGCAAUUACCAGAAAUAGCAGAGGAACGAAUGGUAAAAGAUCCUUUAGGUUUCUAUCACUGCAACGAACGCUUUCGACCUCAACCCUCGAAAUGCGUUGCCAUACGCGAUACAGAGGACGGCCAUUUUGCAGUGAUUGACAUCACCAAUGGCCGUAAUAUCGUUCUUGAGGAGGUCGAGCCAUCUCGAGCCUUUUUCACAAUUUAUGAAGGAGGUAUCUUCCUGCACCAAGGCUAUACAUAUCUCGUGAAAGAGUUCUCUCCAGAACAAAAGUACGCCAAAGUCAGUCUCGUGAAGGUCGACUGGACCACUCAACAGCGUGACUACACCGACGUCGACCCAAUCGAAACUGAGGCAAUCCGUCGUAUUCCAAACUCGCUUUCCCGCGCUUUCUAUGGCGCCAUCAAGAUCCGCGCCCUUGUAUUCGGCUUUUUCAAGAUCGACAAGAACCGACGCAUUCUUGACGCGGUCCAAGUGGACAAUCCGCCUAUUGAUAUAUUCAGCAAGGUACAGCUGCCUCUCCUCGCUUGCAAAGUUGAUGCAAGUUAUACUAAGUCCUCUCAGGGUAUGUGGCUAGACGUGCCUAAGUCUGCUCUGAACCUGUUGAACAGCCGGCGACUCAAUGUUGCUGGUGCUAUCCAUGCAGCAGAGCAUGCAAUCCUCAGCUUGAUGCCACAAUUCGUAAUCAGCAUGCCAGGAGACGUACGGACUGAAUGCAAAAAUGCGCUGAAAGAAUUCGCAACGAAAGAGACCUCUCGAAAGCGUCCUGCGCGACUGACAUUCUAUGACGCCAAGGGGGGUUCUGCAGGCUCUGGCAUCUCGACAAAGGCCUUUGAGUUUAUCGAUCUUUUGUUAGUACGAGCAUGCGAUCGGGUAGUGGCUUGCCAUUGCCAAGAAGGAUGUUUAGAAUGUUGUUGUAGCGAGAUUUGCAAAGAGCAGAACAUGGUAAUGAGUAAAGCUGGUAGCGAGGUCAUCUUGAAGUGCCUCUUAGGCAAAGAAGGAGACAUCAAUGUCGAUGCUUUGCCGUGGGGCCCAGAUGAGAAUACACCGGCGGGUAUCGAGACCGUCGUCGCUGCUGAGACGAUCAGACCAGCCCGCGGUAAAAUCUUAGAGGAGGUUCUGAUCAAAAGAAUUUCUGGUGGUGUGCAGCGGGUCGUCCUUGACCACGUUGGGGACGGGAGGGAGGAUGGGAACCAAGAAGUGAUUGAAAUUAAGGAAGAAUCAAUUGAGUGA